AUGGUAAUUACUUCAAUUAGUCAUGAUGUUGCAGAAAAAGAUGUAGAAGCUGGUAGAUACACUCUAUACCUAAAUAAUGGUUGUCCAUUUGCUCAUAGGACAAGUAUUGCAUUGGGACUUAAAGGAUUAACAGACUCUAUUGAAGUAAUAAACUCACAUUUUGAAUUCAAUGAUGAUGGAUUAUGGCAAUUUAAUGGGUUGGAUGGUACAGAUUUUGAUAAGAAUAAUGGUUUUAAAACUAUUAAAGAAUUGUAUACACUCUCAGAUCCAGAUUAUGGUGAACCUGCAAGAUUCACAGUACCAGUAUUAUGGGAUAAGAAAACAAAGAAAAUCGUCUCAAAUGAGUCUAGUGACAUUGUUAGAAUCUUUAAUACUAACUUUAAUUCAAUUGCAAAAAAUAAAGAUGUAAAUCUCAGACCUGACAAUUUAAAAACUAAAAUUGAUGAAUUUGUUGAUUAUUAUCAAAAGAAUUUAAUUUUUAAAAUUCAUGAUGCAUUAGAUCCACAAAAAUAUUCUGAAACAUUUGAUACUGUUUUUGCAACAAUUGAAAAAUUAGAAAAACAUUUAAGUGAAAAUAAUACUAAAUAUUUAUUUUCAGAUGAAAUUACAGAAGCAGAUAUUAAAAUAUUUGUAGUUUUAAUUAGAUUUGAUGCUGUUAUAUCACCAGCAUUUAGAUUAAAUUGGAAAACUACUCGUGAUUAUCCAAAUAUUUUCAAAUAUAUUCGUCGUUUAUACCAAAACCCUACUAUCAAACCAACUGUGAACUUCCAUUACAUUAAAGGAAUGUAUUUUUUUAGUAGAUAUAAUGGUUAUAUUAAUAAAUUAAUUCCAAAAGGUCCAUGCAUGGAUUACUUAAAUGAACCAAUUGUUGAAUAA